AUGCCCGCAAAUGUUAGAGCGAGAGAGGUGAUCUCUUUGCAUAUUGGUCAAGCUGGUGUCCAGAUUGGAAACGCAUGUUGGGAACUGUAUUGUUUGGAGCAUGGAAUACAACCGGAUGGCUCGAUGAUCGAUGACGAGACAUUGGGUUUCGAGGAUGACUCGUACAACACGUUCUUCGCUGAAACAAUUUCUGGGCAUCAUGUGCCACGCGCCAUUUUAGUUGAUUUGGAACCAACUCCAGUCGAUGAGAUUCGCACCGGAACCUAUCGGACUCUCUUCCAUCCAGAGCAGUUGCUGACCGGAAAAGAGGAUGCUGCCAAUAAUUACGCCCGCGGUCAUUACACGAUCGGCAAAGAGUUGAUCGAUGUUUGUAUGGAUCGAAUCAGACGAGUGGCUGAGAAUUGUAAAGCACUCCAAGGAUUUUUGGUGUUCCACAGUUCGGGCGGAGGCACUGGCUCUGGCUUUACUGCACUGUUGAUGGAACGACUCAGUAUUGACUACGGCAAGAAAGCUAAACUCGAGUUUUGCAUCUUUCCAGCACCGCAGAUAUCAACUGCAAUGGUAGAACCGUACAAUUCAGUCUUAACAACGCACACCACUUUGGAACAUGCAGAUUGUUCAUUUAUGGUUGAUAACGAGGCAAUCUAUGAUAUUUGUAGACGGAAUCUGGAUUUACCAAGGCCAACUUAUACUAAUUUGAACCGUUUAAUUGCACAGGUGAUCAGCUCGGUGACAGCAUCACUGCGUUUCGAUGGCGCCCUCAACGUGGAUCUCACUGAAUUUCAGGUUUUCGAAAUCACUCAGCAAUGCUUCGAGCCCGGCGCCCAAAUGGUCAAGUGUGAUCCUAGACACGGAAAGUAUAUGGCUUGUUGUUUGCUGUUUCGUGGCGAUGUAGUACCAAAAGACGUAAAUGCUUCUAUAUCGCAGAUAAAAACCAAACGCACCAUACAGUUCGUCGACUGGUGUCCAACAGGUUUCAAGGUUGGAAUAAACUAUCAACCUCCUACGGUGGUACCAGGCGCAGACCUUGCCAAAUUACAAAGAGCCGUCUGUAUGCUAUCCAAUACGACAGCGAUUGCCGAAGCAUGGGCACGUCUUGACUACAAAUUCGAUCUAAUGUACGCGAAACGAGCAUUCGUGCACUGGUAUGUUGGCGAAGGGAUGGAAGAAGGUGAAUUCUCAGAGGCUCGUGAAGACCUGGCAGCCCUGGAGAAGGACUACGAAGAAGUUGGAAUCGAUAGCAACGAUCCAGAUGAAGAGGAUGCAAUGAGUGAAUAUUGA